AUGAAUGUUAGGAUUGUAUCAAGCCACAUCAGAGCCUUUGAGCAGACAUCUGACCUUCCAGAAGAUAUCUUCGAUGCCAGUUAUCCAAUCUCAGCAACAAAUUUCUGGUUAGUCGCGACGAAAGGAGCGAUCAGUUAUAUUCAUUCUGAUUGUCACGGUGUUGGUACCUUCGUGGAAGUUCUUUGUGGGCAGAAGUUGUGGUACGUGUUUCAGCGUCAUGGGAGUCGAAGACAAGACAGUCGUAUAGACGAGUAUAUGGGUGAUUGGGCGCCUGGAUUUAUUCCGGAUCCUAGGGAAUGGGAGGCCGAAGUUGUUUUGCUGGAACCCGGCUCUGCCUUUUAUAUGCGUCCGGAUACUCAUCAUGCUGUUCUGACGCUCGAGAACUGCAUUGUGAGGGGCGGUCAUUUCUAUUCCACCGUUACCCUUUCGAAAACCGUCUCGGGCUGGGUUCAUACGUGUAUGCUUGGGUACAGGAUCAUCAAUGUUGUACACCCAGAGCUUCAUCAGCUCCUCCUUCGUAUGAUGUGUUACUUUCACACCGUUAUUGGUGAGAAAGGUCCUGAAACUCAAGACACAGACAUUCCCAGUAUAACAAGAGACGGACUGCUCGAACUCAUUGCGUUGGGAAAUCUGUGUAUAUUCGGAUCAGCCUUACUUCCUUGCAUCCUGCCAGACUCCGCCGACGCCACGAGGCCCGCAAUCACCAUGGCCGUAGGUGCCUACAUAUCCAUAAUCCGGUGUCUGCAGGUGGAUUUUGGUUUAGUUUUCCUUGCAGAAAAUAAUGCCAUCGAGCCCUCCAUCGAUUCCACCAUCCUUGUUGACGACAAAUUAAGCGUCUAUGCUCGGUUUCUUGACAUUGGGGAUUUUGCUAGAAGCUCCACGGCUCACUUUGGGCGUUCUUUGAUCUUCUAUGCUCGAAAGGCUUUAAGAGUGUGCAAGGCUCAGGGAGAACAUGAAUCCCUCAUGUUUAAUUUUGAUUCAUUUCGUCAAGAUGUUGCAAAUUCGUUGGAGACCUUUUUGCAAAUGGAGCUGACCACCGACUUUCUCCAUGCGUACAAGCGACAGGUGGCACGUUUGCAUGUUAGGCCCAUAUUUUUGGUUCACAAGAAAGUUGACCUCCUUGAUCCGGGUGCCUAUUUCGACUGGAAUACAGCCACCGAUUUUGAUUGCUCUGACGUUGAAGAUGAUAUAGAUGAUAGUGAUGGAGAUGACCGUGAAUUAGGAAAGAAAGAGGAUGGCCAUGGCGGAGAUGACAGUGGGUCAAAGGACGAUGAUACAGAGAAAAAGAAGGAUGCUCCCGAGGAGCUUCAGGAAUCUGAUGUCGAGUCAGAACCAAUGUCAGGUGAGGAUGAAUCUAUGCACUCGGAGUACAUACCAAGCAAGUCCGUUCUAUAA